UGAGCUUCCAUCCGUGCGGCCUAAAACUGCCCCCUUAAUUAGAAAAGACUAAAACAUUCGUUCUCGGCAGUCGGGAAAUCCAUCAUGUAUAACGUUCUUCAGAAGAAGCCGUCUCUCUAAUUUAGCGGGUAAGGCAUCAGGUGAAAUCGGAAAGAAUGGAUACCUUACUAGCGGGGUUAAUCAAGCAGAGAAACACGCCUUCGCCGAGUCCAGGAUUAUUUCGCGCCAAAAUGCGAAGUAGACUGAGCCAAUUGAAGACACAAGGGAAACUAAGUGAAGAUGAAAGACCACAGUCAAUUGCACCAAGUGUGAUUGGAUCACUGAAAGAUGGAGAUGACAAGAAAGGGAAAAACAAGCAGCCAAUUAUCAUCUGGCCAGAGUGGAGUGACCAGGACAUCAACCAGGAAAAAUGGGAUACAACUCAUAAAGCUAAAGAGAAGGAGAAGGGAAAGAGUCCAAAUCCGGGAAUGAUUCAUUCACAGCAUCCUUACGAAGACCCAGAAGGUCGGAUUGAUCUGCCGCAGUCACUCAGAUACCGUGUAGAUCAUUGGAAACGGCCUGUAGACUUUAUAUUGGAGAAGGUGCCCGUAGUAGUCGACCCGAAGAGCUUGACUCAAGAGAUUGAUCUUCUUUGCAACAAUGGACACCUGGCUGACUGUGAGACAUUGCGGUGGAUCAUAGCCCAAGUCACCUGCCUUUGGAAAAUGCACUUUAAGAUUGAGAUCCCUGAGGUCAAGACUAAAGAUACAAAAGAAGGGAAGGAAAAAGACAAAGAUAAAGAGAAGGAGAAAGAAAAAGAGAAGCAAUCUGAGGCCUCACAAGAAGACAAUACAUGGAAACCCUGGUCGCAUAUCUGGCCCAAGGAGAAAUCCCAGGAGAAAGUUAAAGAAAAGGCAACUGCUAUCCCUGUAUAUAACCCAGGGGGCAAGUACUGUGUAAAGGUCUACUGGAUGGGUGCAUGGCGUAAGGUCACUGUCGAUGACUGGAUGCCGUUUGAUGAAGAAGGAAAGAUGCUUCUUCCUGCAUCCCCAAACGAGCAUGAGUUGUGGCCCAUGUUUCUUUCUAAAGCUCUUAUUAAAGUGGCUUCACUAGAUUAUGCCGGUGGGAGCACAUCCUGUGAGAUUGGGGACUUCACUGUGGUACACGCUCUAACAGGCUGGCUUCCUGAAGUCAUUCCACUAAAAUAUGGCCACACCUCAGAGGUAUGGGAUCUCCUGAUGAAGGCCUUACCGCGCUGGAAGCUUGAGAAUACACCUGCACCUGAUGAGGCCAAGCCCCAAGCAGCAGAGGGCGGGAAGAAGGAGCGAGAGAAAGAUAGAAAGUCUACGCGAUCUAUCAAGGACCGACAAAAGGAAGAAUCGGAGAGGGAGAGCAAGACAAGAGAGAAAGAUAAGGAUAAAGCAGGGUCUGUGACAGGUCAAGUUGAACAGGCCAACAAGGAGCCCGAGUUUGUCAUUUUUGCCAGUUACUCUCACCCACCCACUGCCCCGAUGAGAAUAUCUGUUCUACGGGAAAUGGCCGACGCCUCAGAAAAACUCCGCCAGUCCGGCCUGUCCCACAAUCACCCCCAUCCCGUGAUGGUAACCAUGAUACGUGACACACCCCUAGUCGCCCCUCCCCCUCCCAUCGAGAUACCGCGAUGGAAGCUGAUCCGUCAAAAGAAGAAAAAGCAGCCGAUUGAGCCUCCAAUCACCCCGCCAGAGCCACCAAGGGAUCCGAAAUUCCUAGAAGUGACCUCACCUUUUGUAAAUUAUAACGUCAGCCCAAUACCCGUCAGCAGAGCCAGAACACCAGUUCGGUGGAAGAAGUUUCGCCCAGAGAGGCCCAUGGGAGAAAUCGAAGAAGAAAGUGACAAAGACGAAAAGAAACCGGAAGUGGAAGGACCGGAAGCGGCCCAGGAUGGCGAGAAAAAGGAGGGGAACGAGAGUGCCGCAGAGGUUGAGGAGGUCAAACCUGAGCCAGAAAAAGAGCCAGUACUGAAGGAACGUGAAAGCCGAGAGAGUCUGCGGGAGCGUUCUGGUACCAAGGACUGCAAGUCUCCCAAGGACCGGGUCAAAUCUGCGAAAAGUGACCGCGGAGACAAGGAAAAACAGGGUAAAGCCGAUAAGGGGGAUAAGUCCGCUGACCGCACCAAGCCAGGAAGUAAGCUGAACGUGACCGCUGACAAACCUGAACGAACCAAGUCUGGCGGGCUCACUCCUAAGAGCAGUGGAAGGCGGGUAUCGAGAAUGGAGAAACCGGGUGACAUAAAAUCUCCCCCUGGUCGCAAGGUGUCUCGCAUGGAAAAACCCAGUAAAGUUGACAUGGAAAAGGACUCAUUCCACGAAGUGGAAAUUAUCGUAGAAGGGGAAGAAUCCAACAUGCAAGACGCCCCCAACCCUACCAAUGACGGGGAGACCAAAUCCCCAGGGGACGCUCCCGAGAUGGAGAAGGGUGAGGAGAAGACGAACGGAGAGAAGGAUGAAGAGGGAGACAAAGGAAAAGAGGAGAAAGGGAAUAACAAGAAACUGUGGAUGGAUUAUGAGGACUUUUGCAAGUGUUUUGGGAGUCUGUAUAUCUUCCAUAAACCAAAUACGUACAAGUUCACUAAAGCCACCAUUGAGCUCAAGAACAUCGCCAUCACUACGCACGGAAGCAGCAAAAAGUCCGGCUUAGCCCCGGCAUCCUCUGUCACAGCAACCACGCCUGCUCCCGGGAAGGCCACAGUCCUAAGCCCGUCACCGUAUUACGGGGCAGGUGGAGGCGCGCAGUCUCAGGAACCCCCUCCCCUUUUCCUGUUUGUCGAUAGCUUACAGCCUGUGGAGGCUGUUGUGAGCUUUACGGCAUUUUCAAAGUGGCUUGAUCCGCCUCAGCCUAUCAUCAGAGAGAAAGACAAGGAGAAGGAAAAAGACAGUAGUAGCUCUAUUACAGAUUUGAAGGAGGCAACAUCAGAAGAGAAACCCGCACCCCCCACUCCGGGUACCCUGGUGGCUGAGCCGUACUCAUGGAAGAGCUUAGUGACCGGGCAGCCUGUGCUUAGGAUUCGCACCACAGGGACCAAGGCGGCGGUGCUUUGUCUCCCAGCUGGACGCCACGUGCUGCGGUUUCUGCUCCAGGCCCCUCACGGUUUCCAUGUCGAGCUGUGCUCACAGACGCCUUUUGUGUACGGCGAUGAGGAUACAGUGAUGGCAUGUCUCACCAAGGAAAGCUGCCGAUUCAUGGAACACGCGAUGCACGUGAUGAAAUCGGUCGGAGACCUGGUUACCAAGUUCUCUGAUCCACCCGCUGACAAGAGACCAGAAUUGGACCUCGGGCUCAAGGAUGAGUCACGUGACGUGCAAGAACGUCAUUAUAAGGUCUUUAUUCGCUGUUUAUUCAAAGCUCUCAAAUACAAUCUCGGCGACGCGUACGAUCCCGCCAUGCAUUUCGCGUGGAAAGCCUUCGCGUUCCAAGCAUCACUAUGCGUGCGCCAGCACAUAGCGUUUCGACCUCUGUCAGCGGCAGACAUCACAAGAAUAGGGACCAUGCGCAGAGACUCGCCAAUGAAGCGACCCACUUCGGUCCCGUCCUCAAGCCAAGAAAAGCCGAGUCAACACGAGGAGGUGGCGGCGCUCAAAAUACAGUCCUCAUUCCGUGGUCAUUUUGUCAGGAAGCUCGCUAAAGCGUUUGUCGCUGGAAGUGACGAGCAACAGCAGGUGUCCGCCCUGCUGUCCAAGGCGUGGUCCACACUUGAACCAAACCAGGAGAACUUUGCUAUCGAAAUAUUCCGUCGCAUGUUCAAAAGAGAUCAAGAACUCUUCCCACUCUUUCCGUUCUUUAAAGACGAGUGGAGCAGGGUAGCUUUCACGGACUACAACGGAAGCUACCCGGAACAGCCAUCUAACUCCUGGUUCGUCGUUUUUAGGGAGGUGUUUAUGGUGGACGAGCCGGUUCUCAUGGUCCCUAAGCUGUAUUGUAAUAUCCCCACGUGCCUGUUGAGAGUUGUCGAUAACGACACAGGUGAAGAGUUAACGAGAGUCUUCCAACGAGUUGCCCCUAACAACAUGAAGAAAAACAAGCGUGGGUACACCUUUAUCGCGGAAGCACGUAUCUUAAACGCCAUUUUACCGCCUGGCAAAUUCCGCUUACGGGUGAUCGGGUCUACAGAGCCUCUACCCUAUCCUCCGCGGGAAUCAGUCAAUAGCCACUUCGUACAUAAGGAGAUCAGAGACUACUAUAUCCCUAACAGAUACAACAUCAUUUUCAGGCACACUGUUAAGGUGACAGACGACCAUAUGGCUAGUCUACAGCUCGGCACAUCUAAACCCGACGUCUACAUCAAGUUGCAGAUCCUUGAUGACGAGGUUGAGGUAAUGAGUACCACAGGCAAGGGGCACGCUGUCAUCCCGGCCUUCAUAUUCUACCGUGACAGGACUGGGGACGAGGACGAGGUCCAAAGCAAGAGAGGCUCCAGGCCCCCCACCUCGUCUCGGCCACGGUCCGGCAAACGUCCGCCAUCUGGUGGUCGUAAAGCGGCAUCUUCGGCUGCGACACGCGCGGGGAAAAAGAGCGGGAAAGAGUCUUCUAACUCGUCUAGACCUGAGUCAUCGCAACCCAAAGGCUCGCGAAGUUACUUGGACGAUGAAGAUAAAGAGGAGGAGGUGGAGGUGGAAGACACCGAGCCCGAGAUCAAGAUCCAUAAGUACAUCAUUCAGGCCCAGGUUCUGCGCGACAGCUGGCCAUUAUCGAGGAGCGCCUGGGACUUUGUGCAGAUGAUGAAGGGACUGGACAAGACAGACAUGGAGGGAGCCCCGACCGAGAGUGCGCCUCGUACUGAUAAGCUCUCGACAGUUGCUAGCAGCAAAGGCAAGAAAGGUAAAGAGAGCAAGGAAGGUCGGACGAGCAAAGGACAAUCUGGCUCGAGACCCUCGUCACAACAGCAGUUUGACUCCAGUAAACCGAACUGGACACUCAGGGUCUUCAGUGAUAGCAGUGCGGAGGAGAUUGAGAUCAAGAAAGACACAGAGCGACAGGAUGAGAUCAAGGCUAUGAAACAAGCCUGGGAGGCGGCGGAGCCUGGAAGGGCUGCCAAGGCCCACCAAAGUCGGCAGAAGUUCCUGAGUGAGCACAUGGUCAAGCUAGACAAGGAUGUGGUCGAGGAGGAGGAAGAGGUCACUGUACCUGAAGAUAAGGAAGUUCCCAGCGAGAUAUUCACCGCGCCAUCUCCCGUGCAGUCCGAAGCUGAGGGUGAUCUUACCCUCGCCCCACCUUCAAAAGAACCAGACCAAGUCUUACGACCUCUUGACCCACCAAAGAUUAUCAGGUCUCGUGGUGGUAACCCUGUGUUGAUGGAUGAAACCGAGGAGGAACGGCGCCAACUGUUACGUCAGGAGGUAUUCCGCGCGUUCAAGGCACGACGGGACGAGGUAGAAGCACGAAGGGAGCAAGACCGUUUGGAGCGGAACGCGACGAAAGAGAAACAGCUACUGACAGCUGAGGAGAUACAGGCGGCGCUGGACAAGGCGCGCCACGAGGUGACGGCUGCGAGAGAGCAGUACCGACAGAAAUUCCUCGACGCCGAUAAAAGUAAAGAGGAGCAAGCCGAGGCCGAUAAAAAGGAUCGCUCCCCCUCCCCGGGUCGUAGCAAGAGCCGGAAAAGCGUAUCAACAGCAAAAGGCGGACGGAAAACGCCAUCUAAAGGAAAGAAGAAGUAGAAUGAUAGCAUAGUCGCCUUUUAUUUUACAUUGUAGUGUAUAUUGAAAUAUGUGUUGUAUUUACUGUACAGGACGAAUUUUCGAGAAUUGUAUAAAUAGUCUUCCAGAGACAUAUCUUUGAUAAAAAAAACUGGUAUCCUG